UCUUUCUCUUUACCCUAUGAGCUGCAGUCAUGCAUGCAUACGUGUAUGCAUAUGCAUGUAUGUAUGUAUGUAUCUAGAUAUAAAUAUUGUAUGUGUGACUGCAAGUGUCUUAUCAUUUCUAGUUACCGAAGUACAAGAAAUCCCACUUUCUAGUCUUAUCAAGGUUCCCAAUCGUUCAACCAUGACAGACCCUUUCUCCAAUCUUUUCACCGGUGGCUUCAACUUCAUGCCUCUCCAUCCCCACUAUUCUUCUUUCACUCCCACUGCUCCAAAUCAACCAAUCAACAGUGAAAGUAGUGUUCAUCAUGCUACUUCUUCUAGCAAAGAGGCGCCUCCGCCUCUCAUAAAUUAUAUAAGUUCCACAAGGCAACAAGAGUUGAACGAACCCACAGGGCGUUCCAUCGAGGAAGACGAUAAGUUGAGCAGUGUUGAUGAUGAAGCUCGAACUGUAGCCUUACACAUAGGCCUACCUAGCCCUAGUUCGGAUUACAGCAUCUCCCCAUCCGUAGAUUCAACUGACAAAUUGGGAGGGAACAGUGGUAGUGCAGCAGCUCCUGGGUAUCCUUUGAACAGCAGCAAUGGACAGUAUUGGAUUCCUACCCCUACUCAAAUUCUCGUUGGUCCUACACAGUUUUCAUGUCAUGUGUGUUGCAAGACCUUCAACAGAUACAACAACCUACAGAUGCAUAUGUGGGGGCAUGGAUCUCAGUACCGAAAGGGACCCGAGUCUCUAAGAGGAACCCAGCCAACGGGCAUGCUAAGGCUUCCAUGUUACUGCUGUGCAGCGGGCUGUAAGCAUAACAUCGAUCACCCAAGAGCCAGAGCCCUCAAAGAUUUCAGAACUCUCCAAACUCACUACAAAAGGAAACAUGGAAUCAAACCCUUCAUGUGCAGGAAGUGCGACAAGGCUUAUGCUGUGAAAGGAGACUGGAGAACCCAUGAGAAGAACUGCGGUAAGAUUUGGUAUUGCAUUUGUGGGUCGGACUUCAAGCACAAAAGGUCUUUGAAAGAUCAUAUCAAGGCUUUUGGCCCUGGUCAUGGUGCCGCUUGCAUCGCUUCUUUCGAUGCAGAUGAUGAAACCGCUUCAGAAUUUGAGUCUUCAACGACAAUGUGAAAUUAUCAAGCAGUAUAUUAGCAUGUGCUUGUCUUUUCGGUAUGAUUAAGUUGUUUAAAUAUAUCACUUUCUACGCGAACUAAAUGUGGUC